CAUCCUUCCUCUCCAUCUAUUUCUCAUCUCUCCUCCUUCUCUGCCUCUGUGCUUUUUUUUACAAGACUCCCGGCUCUCCCAUCCUGCAUAUCCUCAGUGACUGACCGUUCACUGCAAGCCGCGAGCUGCCCUUAUUCUUUUGUCGGAGUUUGAACCACAUUUCUGAGCUGCUGGAAGUACCGAUACCGCUAGAGCCCCUGAGAGCUGGCCGGACUCUGUAGCUUUCGUCUUGCCGAUUCAAGCGGAUCAUCGAAGGGACCUUGCGCGGAGUCAAAAGGGACUGGAAAUUAUUUAGCCCUCUCAAACCAACGUACCGCAUGGUGGGAAUUUCUGCCUCUUUUCAGUAUCGCACUGGGAAGCGCUCCACCAUGCCCGACUCACCUGCGGAUGUCAAGACACAGUCCAGGUUGACCCCCCCUACCAUGCCGCCCCCACCCAGCACACAGGGAGCACCACGCAACAGCUCCUACACCCCCACAACUUUAACCAAUGGCAGUAGCCACUCUCCUACGGCGCUCAAUGGCGCUCCAUCUCCUCCAAACGGCUACAGCAACGGCCCUAGCUCCUCCUCCUCAUCGUCACUGGCCAACCAGCAGCUGCCGCCGGCCUGUGGCGCCCGGCAGCUCAGCAAGCUGAAGCGCUUCCUCACAACUCUACAGCAGUUUGGCAACGACAUCUCACCUGAAAUCGGCGAGCGGGUCCGCACAUUAGUGCUGGGACUAGUGAAUUCCACGCUAACCAUCGAAGAAUUUCACUCCAAGCUCCAAGAAGCCACCAACUUCCCUCUGCGACCUUUUGUCAUACCCUUUCUGAAGGCCAACCUGCCGCUUCUUCAGAGGGAGCUGCUGCACUGUGCCAGGCUGGCCAAGCAGAACCCAGCUCAGUACCUGGCCCAGCACGAGCAGCUGCUCCUGGACACCAGCACCACCUCCCCAGUCGACUCCUCUGAACUCCUGCUGGACGUCAACGAGAACGGCAAGAGAAGGACUCCAGACAGAACCAAAGAGAACGGCUUUGAGCGAGAUGGUGCCCUUCACCCAGAUGUUCACCCCAGCAAAAGGCCGUGCACCAUAAGUCCUGCCCAGCGCUUCAGCCCAUCCAACGGGCUCUCCUACCAACCCAAUGGCCUGCCCCACCCAGGCCCACUCCCUCCGCAGCACUACAGGCUGGACGACAUGGCCAUUGCCCAUCACUAUCGAGACACCUACAGACACCCUGCUUCCAAUCAUCGGGAGAUUCGGGAGAGAGCCAGGUCCAUUGGAAUGCAUGCAGGGACCAGGCAGGAGGAAGUGAUCGACCACAGGCUGACAGACAGAGAGUGGGCUGAGGAGUGGAAGCACCUUGACCAUGUAAGAAAACUGCUGAACUGUAUCAUGGACAUGGUGGAGAAAACAAGGCGUUCACUAACAGUAUUGCGGCGGUGCCAGGAGGCCGACCGUGAAGAGCUCAACUACUGGAUCCGACGAUACAGCGACGCUGAAGAGCUUAAAAAGGGCACCACUAGUGGGCAGUCAAGGCAGCAGAGCCCCACAACACAGGAAAAUGCAACAUCAGAAAUUCACAGGGAGCUGCUUCAUCGGCCUGUGUCUGGCUACGUCCCUGAAGAGAUCUGGAAGAAAGCUGGUUCGGGAGGCUUGACUUCCUCUGUCUCCACACUCUUUCCAGAAGAGGCAGUGAAUGAGGUAAAGCGGCAGGCCAUGUCAGAGCUGCAGAAGGCCGUGUCAGAGGCCGAGCGCAAGGCUCACGAGAUGAUUAGCAGCGAGCGGGCCAAGAUGGAGCGCACGGUAGCCGAGGCCAAGCGGCAGGCGGCCGAGGACGCGCUCUCCAUAAUCAACCAGCAGGAAGACUCAAGCGAGAGCUGCUGGAACUGUGGCCGCAAGGCCAGUGAGACAUGCAGUGGCUGCAACACGGCGCGCUACUGCGGCUCCUUCUGCCAGCAUAAAGACUGGGAGAAGCACCACCACGUCUGCGGUCAGACCCUCCAGGCCCAGCAGCAGCAGGCCAGCCAACAGCAGGGAGCCGUCCCUGGGUCAGAGACCCCUGCUCCCAUCAGCUCAUCGGCCUGCACCCCAAGCAGUGGGACUGGGAGUCCGGCUGCUACCCCGCCUGCUGCUACCCCUCGCUCAUCCACCCCCAGCACCCCAUCCUCCUCUGCCCUAGACGGCACACAACGCUAAGAGACUCGGAUGGAGGCAAAAGGCCUCCCGGGCCUAACAGCCAGCCCUCAACCCCACAAACAGCAUGACUGUCUACAUUGCCUUGCAAAGAUGCUAAGCCAACAUGGCUAACAGAAAGAGAUGGCAAUGCUUCUGUCUAUCUUGCAGCGUAGUCAUAGAAGGAGGAGGAGGUCCAUAAUCAGGUCAUAUUGACUUGCCAUGACUUUAAAGAAACACAAAGAUAUUCUUUGUUUUGAAUGAAUGAAUUUAAAUAUUGACAUCCUUUUAUCGUUACACUUGCUAUUCUUGUUGUCCGUUUGUCGUUGUGCCUGUUGUUGUUAAUGUUGCUGUCAUUGUAGCUUAUCUUAUUUUCUCCUGUAAAUACAAGACUGAGACUGAGCAGAGAUUGCCAUGAACUCAAGACAUGUAUAUCUGACCUCCCCCUUUUUUUUAUGUUUUUAUUUUCCAUCCUUGAAUUAACGCUUAUUUCCUUCCUGUACCUGGGACAUGAGACUAAUCAACCUCAAGAAGACAUUUUAACAAACAGCAUACCAAGGGAACAUAAGUAUUUAGCAGAAUGUCAGAAACAUUCUCUGUAAGGAAAGAAAUUAGAUUUAAAUACUCUGAAAGACACACUGACGGAUGGAUACAUAAACAAAUUUGCUGCCUGGAGAGGGGAGAGGGAUGGACUGAAUCUCUGGUCCACAGACUGCUAUGAAAUGGGCAGAUGUGCAGCAGAUUGCAAGCAGAGCCAGCUGUUCAACCAAUGUUAUUUCCCUCUCACUUGUAAUAAUAUCCAGGUCAGUGGGCUGGGAAAUACAAAUCCAUCUCCCUGAAGGAUGUAAAGGGAAGAAUUCUUGGACAAGAUACAAAACUUUGCCCACUGCACAUGUGGAGGAUGUACUGACUAC